ACAGCCAUUUUUCGUCUCCCAGCUGUCACAUUUGAAGCACAUCUACGGUAACAUCAGUUAAUGUUUUUACUGAAUUAAAGUGUUGGGGAUGACCAGCCAGUAACGGCCAACACUGUGGUCACGUUUAACAGCUUUUUUGCUGUCCUCUCCAUUGUCAAGUGACAUCUGGUGUGUAUGAAACCAGGCAAUGUCCACCAUGGUGUAUCCACGUGAAGAAGCCCUGGAGCGACUGAGCCAGGAUGAGAUUGUCCUCAACACUAAGGCCGUGAUGCAGGGCCUGGAGACGCUGCGCGGCGAACACGCCCAGCUCCUCAACUCGCUGCUGGACUGCACCCAGCCGCCCGCCGCCCAGGAGAAAUCUGGGCUGCUCCGCAAGAGUCUGGAGGCCAUUGAGCUGGGCCUGGGAGAGGCACAGGUGAUCAUCGCCCUGUCGAGCCACCUGAGCGCCGUGGAGUCGGAGAAGCAGAAGCUGCGCGCUCAGGUGCGCCGCCUCUGCCAGGAGAACCAGUGGCUGCGGGACGAGCUGGCGGGGACGCAGCACAAGCUGCAGCGCAGCGAGCAGAGCGUCGCCCAGCUGGAGGAGGAGAAGAAGCACCUGGAGUUCAUGAACCAGAUCAAGAAGUUCGACGAUGACGUCUCGCCCUCAGAAGAGAAGAACCAGAGCUCCAGUGGCAGCGGCGGUGGAAGUGGAGGAGGAGACACUUCAAAGGACAGCCUGGAUGACUUAUUCCCCAACGAUGAUGACCAGGGACCAGCCCAGCCCAGCGGAGAGGUGGCAGCCCAGCAGGGAGGCUACGAGAUCCCGGCCCGCCUCAGGACGCUCCACAACCUGGUGAUCCAGUACGCCUCACAGGGGAGGUACGAGGUGGCCGUGCCGCUGUGCAAACAAGCCCUGGAGGACCUGGAGAAGACGUCUGGACACGACCACCCUGAUGUAGCCACCAUGCUCAACAUCCUGGCCUUGGUGUACAGGGAUCAGAACAAGUACAAAGAAGCGGCUCACCUCCUGAAUGACGCCCUGGCCAUCCGAGAGAAGACGCUGGGGAAGGAUCAUCCAGCCGUGGCCGCGACCCUCAACAACCUGGCUGUUCUGUACGGCAAGAGGGGCAAGUACAAGGAGGCUGAACCUCUCUGCAAGAGAGCGCUGGAAAUCAGAGAGAAGGUGUUGGGGAAGUACCACCCAGAUGUGGCCAAGCAGCUGAACAACUUGGCCCUGCUGUGUCAGAACCAGGGCAAGUACGACGAGGUGGAGUACUACUACAGACGAGCCCUGGAGAUCUACGAGUCCAAACUGGGAGCCGAUGACCCCAACGUGGCCAAGACCAAAAAUAACCUGGCGACGUGCUACCUGAAGCAGGGGAAGUUCAAAGACGCUGAGGCUCUGUACAAAGAGAUCCUGACCAGGGCACACGAGAAGGAGUUUGGCUCUGUCAACAAUGACAACAAGCCGAUCUGGAUGCACGCAGAGGAGAGAGAGGAGAGCAAGGGUAAGCGCAAGGACUCUGGCCCAUACGUGGAGUAUGGGAGCUGGUAUAAGGCCUGCAAGGUGGACAGCCCCACGGUGAACACAACUCUCAAAAGCUUGGGAGCUUUGUACCGUCGUCAGGGCAAACUGGAGGCAGCAGAAACACUGGAGGAGUGUGCCAGCAAGUCACGUAAACAGGGAAUUGAUGCCAUCAACCAAAGUAAGGUGGUGGAGCUGCUGAAGGACGGGGGAGCGGGAGGCGGCGACAGACGACACAGCAGAGAAGGAAUGAACGGGCCGGGGGGGCAGCGGGGGGAGAAUGAGGGUGACGACUCCGCCGAAUGGAACGGGGAUGGGAAUGGGUCUCUGCGUCGCAGCGGCUCCUUCGGGAAGAUUCGCGACGCCCUGAGAAGGAGCAGCGAGAUGCUGGUGAAGAAGCUGCAGGGGAGCGGACCACAAGAACCUCGCAACCCAGGAAUGAAGAGAGCAAGCUCCCUCAACUUCCUCAACAAGAGCACUGAGGAGACCACACAGGACACCAACUCCGGACUCUCGGACUGCAGGGGACUAAGCGCCAGCAACGUGGACCUAUCCAGACGCAGCUCCCUGAUAGGCUAGACAGAGACAGGAAGUGGGGCUGGGGAGAGGCAGAGCGGCCUGACGAGGAGAGGCUGUUUGCAGCUUGGUUUGAUCAAACAAACACACCUAAAGCAAGAUCAGACACUUGCGCCUGCAGCAUAUUUUUUAAAAGAACACUGGGAAAAAAUAGCACCACCACACUAAACGUCAUCCUGUAAGACACAGUCUCUGUCGCUGCUGCUUCGCUGUACAAACCGCUGCCCUCAAUCAGAAGAGAAUAUUUAGAUACACAUUAAUCAGCAUGCUGCUUACUAGGAAGUGGAAUGUCUGCACCUGAACGCCUCGUGUUUAGCACCGUAGCAAAGCAUCGUAUUCACAUUCUUUCUUCGAUCCACACUCUCAUGUGCAGACACUCAACCUUAGGUAGGCUCAAUGUACUCCGGCUACAGUUCAGAGAGAAGCACUGCACUCUGUAUAUUUCACCAGUAGCAUGAAGUGUUUGCCGAUGCUAGCCAGCCAUCGAAUGCGUAUCACUGAUGGUAAAAAAAAUGGUACGAUCCGCUUAGGUUUUAUCAGAGAAAGCAGAGGUAUAAAAAGAGAACACAAGCAAUCUAUGGGGAUUUUCAGAAAACAUUAGCACUAACCAUUUAAACCUCACUUUUUGCCUUCUUGGUUUAUUUUAUUUUAUUUUUUUAUGUAUAUACAGUUUUAUUUAAUUAUUGAUUGAUAUUUCAUUCUUUGUAUAUAAUGCACAUUGAUUUUUUUUCUUGUUUUGUUUUUCUUUUGUUUACACUCGAUUGGGUUAAAAAGAGCGUCUCAGUUGGUGAAAAUCCUACUUGUAUGAAGGGGAAAGACUGGAAAAGAAGGCAAGGACGAGAGAGAAAGAUAAAGGAAACAUUGAAAUUGGCACUUAGUUCAUCAUGUCAAUGAAAAUGUUAUAAAACCUGAUAAAUUUAGUACCUCAAACACUAAAAUAUGCUGUUAGAAUGCACUUUGAGCUUGUCAGUAAUGUAUAUUAUAGUUUCUUCUGUGUCCUGUACUGGUCAGACCAGAAAGAAAAUUGGGCCAGAAAGUUAAUUUGAAAUUGUAAGAGACCCAUUACCAAUUGUAAAUCUGAAUCACCCUUCUAAAUUCUACCUAUGUGGUACAACUGGAAGUUGAAAUUGAACACUGUAAUCAUUACUUUCAGGUACCUUCUGCCAGGAUGUCCAGGAUUUUACCAAACAGCCAUAAGUCUGAAUAAUAUUGAAGGAAAAUGCUGUGAAAGAUAUUUAGAUGUAAUUUGUUUACAAUCAUUAAUCCAGGAUAUUCAAGGCAUAAUCAACCCACGUUUAAAAAUAUGGGUAACUACCUUAAUGACCUUAUGUUUACUUAACAGGAUUUCUCUUGUGAUUUUUUUUUUUUUUUUGUUGUUGUUCCCUCAUUUACUGUUGCUGAGUAUGUAUCAUUUUGUACAAACCAAUCUUCACUGUUCUGUUUUUAAUGCUGACUGGGAUGGAUUUCAUCAGUCGUAAUCAAACACUUGAAGUAAUCUGACCGAUGAGAAUCCGCCCUCAAUGGAUUUUGUUGUGCUGAUGCUUUUUCCUGUUUGGACUCGGAGCUUUUUUAUGUUGAAGGUAAUGAAAACAGGUUAUUUGAAUGUUAAUUUUUAUGUAGAUUGUCGGGGUCUGGUGGCAUUUACGCUGGAUUUUCUUGUUGUGCUGUUUGCUCCACCAAAAUAAGACCAAUACCAAGAGAACUGUCCUCAGAAUGUACACGUCUUGCGUGAAGUCGAAAUCGGGCUCGGCACCUUGUGACAUCAACUGUGAUGAGAUUGUCAAGAGAUUGUUUAGUUUUUUUUCAUCCCAAAUGUUCUAAUACAAGAAGGUUAAUCUUGACAAUCUGAGUCAGAUUUUAGAAAUAGUAAGACGCAGGUUUGUCGUGAAGGCACCUCGUCAACGAUGGUGCAUGCACACCAUCGCCACGUGCCGUAAAUAACCUGCAGUCGCCCUUCUUGAAGUCACCUUUUGUUGAUGUCACAAUGCUGAGUCUAAAAUAAAAGUGCUUAUUAUUCUAUCAGCUUGUGAUUGUGCUGAAUGUGCAAGGUGGCGCCGGUUUUGGAUAGUAAUGAAGAAAUACAGGCAUGAAGGAAUGAAGGAGUAGAGAAAGUGUGUCAAAGCAAAAAAGAAAUGAUGGAAAGUGCUUUGGAAAGACGGUUGUGGCAGGAAAAGUGCUUUAAGUGUCGUUCACAGCAAAUAAUGUACAGAAUUAUCCGUAUACAACCUUUCUAUGUAUGUUUACUGUAUGCCACUUGUACACACACACACACACACACACACACACACACACACACACACACACACACACACACACACACACACACACACACACACACACACACACACACACAGGAAUCAUGGGAAUUGUCUUUUAAUCACACACACCAUCUCAACACCAUGUAGCUGUGUACAAAAGUUAGUUUAACAUUAAUUUGUAGUUCUCCAAAAAAAAAAGGAAAUAUUAUAGAAAGACCUUUUUCCUGACUGUGGCUUCCUCUGCACCCCAAACUAUUAUACCAAUACUAAUCAAUCAUUCUGAUCAGUCACCUGUUGACCAGGUUAAGAGUUGGUGCUGUUCUGGAUAUUUCUGGGGUUUCCCAAGCAUCUCAGACUCGCUACGAAUUGCAAACUGCGUAAAUGAAAAUAGUUCCGUUUGAUGAUGAGGAAGAUUUUGAUCCAAACAUGGAUCAUAUCUUUGUUUCUCUGAGAUGAGUGCAUUCACUCAGAGCCAUGGAUGGUUAAUGUUGUGGGUUUAAAGGUCUUGUAUAGGUGUGAGGGACUUAUUUGCUCCUGUAUUGCUGAUGAUUUGAUGGAUCUUAUUGUGAAAGGGCCAACCUAGCGUGUAUUUUAUCAAAAUUUCAAUAAAUACAAACUCCACUUUUCAAACUGA